AUAGAAUUCUCAAUAAGAACCUUGUAAUAAGUAGGAUUGCUUUUAGCUGCAAGUAACAGACAACUGGAUUAACAAAGUCUUAAACAAGUGAAAAGUGAAAGUCACUCAGUCCUGUCUGACUCUUUGGACCCCCUGGCCUAUACAGUCCAUGGAAUUCUCCAGGCCAGAAUACUGGACGGACUGGAUUGUAUGCGUAUAAGGUUUUUGGUGUUCUGGAGGACUGCUCACCAGAUCUGCUUGCAGAUGUCUAUAUGGACUUAGCCUAUAGGAAACAGUGGGACCAAUAUGUUAAAGAACUCUAUGAAAGAGAACGCAAUGGAGAAACAGUGGUCUACUGGGAAGUGAAGUACCCUUUUCCCAUGUCUAACAGAGAUUAUGUUUACGUGCGGCAGCGGCGAGAGCUGGAUUUUGAAGGGCGGAAGGUCCACGUGAUCGUGUCCCAGAGCACCUAUGAGCCACAGAUUCCAGAGAAGUCGGGUGUGAUCCGGGUGAAGCAGUACACGCAGAGGCUGGCGAUCCAGAGCGAUGGCAAGAGGGGGAGCAAAGUUUUCAUGUAUUACUUCGAUAAUCCUGGUGGCCAGAUUCCGUCCUGGGUCAUUAACUGGGCUGCUAAGAAUGGAGUUCCUAACUUCUUGAAAGACAUGGUGAAAGCCUGUCAGAACUAUAGGAGAACCUAGAGGAGGAACGUGGGAGCUCCGUGUCCGUGGGAUGCUGUUCAUGGAAUGACGUUUUUGGAAGUGUGACAGCCACCAAUGCUCAGCCUGCCUUUCUCUUUCCUGUGCUCAGAGGCCUGCACACUCUCUAGCAGUUUGUCCUCGAGCAUGUUUGCUGGACAUCUGGCUUCCUUUCCCAGUCUCCCCACCCCGGGACCCACUGCCUUUCUCCACUGUGGAAUGUGGGUCAGAUUAUAGAAACCUUUGUUUGUUCUUAAAAAGUGGAAUCCUCAGUAGGGAACACAUUCAUUCCAUUGUGCCAUUCUAGGGGGAUGGCGAGUGGAGGACUAAUAACGCUGCCUAAGAGUGACUGAUCCCAGUCAACUGGCUCCCUCCCAUCUGUGAGAUGUCGCAAUCUGGGAGGGUGAUUUCCUACUGAAGUUUCAUUGCCUUCAGAGCUGACUGUCAGGGCUCCAAGACUGGAAGACUCAUGUCCGUUUGCCUUAUGCUUUGCUGACUUGGAUUGCCUAAUUUGAGAUAAUCAUCUACUAAGUCCCUCCCCAUUCCUAGUUGGGGAGGAUCAUAGGCUGUUCUGAUUUCAAACCAUUUUGAUAAACAUUGCAGACCUAACUGUGUGGCGUGAUAACAAUUUUUUCUCAUCGUCCGUGUUUUUCUUUUUCCCAUAUGCCCCUGGGGAGGGCUGUCCAUAUCUCACUAGCUCUGCUUUUAACUGGACACUGAGGCAUCAAGGCGACUGUAGCAGUUAACAGAAGGCAGACUGCUCUGCACAUAGCAUUGAGCUAAAGUGUUGUUAUAUGGAACAAAUGAAUUUCCCUUCUGAAAUGUUUUCAGACAUUGAAAGAACAGGAGUUCACAGCCAGAGAAAAUGUAUUAGUGGUGUGGUUGACUCUACACCUUUUUCUCAGGAAUUCUAUCUAAAGUUAUCUGCCUCUCCCACCAACCAGAAGACUUCUCUUUUCCUACUUUUCUCUUGAAUUUUGGAAGGAAAGAUAUUCUGUGGACAAAGGUACAGCCUUAUAAUCUCAGGGAAAAAUUUUAAUCACUUCUGUAUGAUGGUAACAAACCUUAAUUACAGGGCCUAAAAUUUCAGGAUGUAAAGCUGGAUGUGGGAGAUUUGUUACAACGGGAUACCUCAGACUGUGUCUUUUCUCUCUGGAAAUGGAGGUGCAUUGAAUACCAAAUAAAUACAGAAUGACUUAUA